CCAAAACCAAAUCGCCGAGGAGUUUUGUUUCAGUUUCUUCCAAGUCUCAAAGAACAUAAAUCACCGUCUCCGAUCCUGCAAUUCCCGAAUUUUUGCUGCGGUGACUAUGAAUUGCGAAGUUUGUCAGCUGAGGGAACUGGAAGUCGAACACUUUGAGAUACGUGAGGUUCUUCGCUGCAUUCUACAUACAAUUGUCUUUCAUCGGGCGCUUGGUCUUAUUCGGCCUAAGGAUAUUGAUCUUGAGCUUUUUGAUAUCACUUAUGUACAAUGCGGUGAGAAGGAAGUGGAAAAGAAAAUCGACGAGAAAAUAGACCAAUUCAUAAGUUGGGUUGAUAAGCACCCAAACAAGAAAAGCCAGAUAUGUUUAUCAUUUUAUGAAGUUAAAAGCAAACAGCCAUCUUGGUUCACAAAUAAAAUCGAACGGCUUUACUGGGAGCAAUGGUACAUCAAUCUAAACGUGACUCAGCCUGCCAAAUCCCAAACCAUAAAGCCCCAUCUUUCUAAAGUACUUGUAAACCCAGGAGAGGCGUCGGACCAGGAGAGAGGUGCUCGUAGGACAUUGCUCGAGGCAUCAGUUCAAGAGGUCCUUUUCCAAAUCAUAAAGUUUGUGAACGAGAAAAAGGAUCAUGUUCCUCCCAUAACUGAUGGUGUGCUCUACUUCCCAUUUGAGAUUACUAUCCCAAGCUCGUCGGAUUCUGCCUUUGGGAUGGAUAUGAUAAAGAGGAUGCUCCAAACAGGCCACCCGACCAUGCUCAGCUAAAAUCCAGCCCCAUAGUUCCUCAGGAAUAAGUCCACUUACUGUCGGUUACAUUUACAUAUAUGCUGCAACAGGGUCAGACCUAUCUAUCCCAUCAGAUUUCUGUAUAUAUAUAUAAUAUAUGCUCAUUUGUUGCUU